GCCAAAAAUUGCAGCGGCACUUAUCACCCCAGUCCAUUAGGUCCUGUUUAUACUGUUACCUAAUUUUAAUUUUAAAGUUCUGUUUAUUCACCAUCUCAAUUCUACCAUUUCUUUCACGGAUCCCCCACUCCUACCAGGAUUUUUGAUAAACUGAUUGGAAAUGCAGUUUCGGUAACAGGUUUCUUCACCAAUAUCAUUUUGCGUCAAAACGAAAAGAGGUCUCUAGAGGAAAACAAACAGACAACCAAGAAGAAGCAAAUCAUGUCAAGCAUUCCUGUUCCAGAAGACAUUCUCAUCAACAUCCUUUUGAGGUUACCAUUUAAGUCUAUCUCUCUCUGUAGGUGUGUAUGCAAAUUCUGGCGGACUUUACUCUCCAAUCGUAAUUUUGUUAAAACUCAUUAUGAUCUUGCUGUUGAGAAGAACUAUCCAAAUACCAUUCUCAGAGAAUAUGUCAACAGUAAACAACUUAUCUACUCUUUGAAUAUGUCAGCAUCUGAGUGUGAGAUAAAGAGUAUUGACAAAUUAUGUUACCCAUUCGAAUCUAAAGGUCAUGUUGAGAUUUUGGGUUCUUCUAAUGGUUUACUAUGCAUUCGUGCUGGUGAGUGUCAUGAUGAGAGUACCAUUUGUAUUUGGAAUCCAACUACUAAAGAAUAUAAGAAAGUACCCAGAUCGCCGAAGAAUCAGUUUCCAUCCGACCUAGUACCCGAAAUAUAUAGAAUUGCUUAUGGGCUCUGGUAUGAUUCUAAGAUUGAUGAUUUUAAGUUGAUUAAAGUUGUGGGCUUUGAUGGAGACUCAACUAGGUCCGGAGUUCAGGUUUAUAAUCUAGGAUUAAACUCGUGGAGCACUCAUGAACUCAUACCUUACUAUGUUACGUGUAAUACUAUGCGUUCGGGUAUUAUUGUUCAUGGAUCUCUUCACUGGUUAGGCAAGGCAGGAGCCAAAAGUUUUGUACAACUAUGUCCUGAUGUUAUUGUUUCCUUUGAUAUUUGUGAUGAGAGAUUUUAUGAGUUGACUUUUCCAGCAGCUGUGAAUAAUCAGGAUUUUUCUGUAGGACGAGAAAUUGGGGUUUUAGAUGGGUGUCUCUGUUUAAUUCUCCGACACUCUAGUAAUGGGCAGGUUGAUUUAUGGGUAAUGCGGGAACAUGGUGUGAAAGAAUCUUGGUCUAUACUUUUCACGACUCAUGCGUUGCAUGUAGACUAUCCUUUUAUGGGGGUGAAUACUGGAGGCAAGUGUGACAUGUUUGGUCGCGGAGAUCUUAAGACAACAAGGCUGGAGGAACACAGAGAGGAUGGUCACUUGGAGAAAGAUUUUGCAAACUGUAAUUCUUCGAUUCCAAGGGGGUACUCUACUGGGGGGGCCUCGAUAUCUGUUUCUGUUAAACUUUUAUAAUUUUCAAGGUGGCCGAAACUUUUACACGAGUUUCCUCCUAUUUGGAGGCCAUAAUAGAUGCACUGACUGUCAUCUGAGUGGGUGUAAGGGUACAUAUCAGAGGAUCAUGUACUCAUGUGAGCCCAUGCAUGAGGAUGUGGUGUGUCAUGUGCAUUUUAAAGAGACUGGCUGCCUAAGUUGGUGUGGUUCUCGCCACAACCAGUACAGAUUUGACCAACGGUUACGGCCUAAUGGGUAGACGGUCCACUACAUUAUGGAGAGCAUUACUUGUACAUUUUGUGAGUUGAGACUUUGUGACCAAGCUUAUGCUGGAAAUCAUAAGCUUUCUAGACACGCUGGAAAUCAUGAAAGAUCCCGAGAUCAAAGUCUAGAUUUUUAAGCAAAAAUAUUAAGAAAUGAGUACCACAAGAACAGGCGAAAUGGUUUACGGAAGUAUAUUUUCCUCGGAUACAAUCCAUUCAAUGUAACAGUUACAGUAUUUCUUAAUCGCACAAGAUGCGGUGAGAUAUAUAUCUGUCUCACCAUUACGAUUAUCUGUAGAAUCUCAACCGUAGGAAACUACACAUGAAAAA